UCAGAAACAUAUCUACUCUUCUUCUUCCUCCUCCUAAUCUCUCUCUCUCUCUAUAUAUUUCUCUGGGUCUCAUUUUCGAUCUUAGAUACAGAAACCCAGAUAGAAUCAUCAUGCCAGAGGCGCCAAAGGACGUAGCUUUCGAGGUGAAGGACCAGGGCCUGGCGGAGAAGAACAAGAAGAAGCUUCAGUUCAUCGAGGAUGUGACCAUGAAGGCAGAGGAGGUGCAGAGGCGCGUUCUGGAGGAGAUCCUGAAACGAAAUGCGAAAGUGGAGUACCUCAAACGACAUGGCCUCGACGGUCGUUCCGACCGGGAAAGCUUCAAACGAGUCAUGCCUGUCAUAACCUACGAGGAUAUUCAGCCUGACAUCAACAGGAUCGCUAAUGGCGACAAUUUCCCUAUCCUCUGUUCUAAGCCCAUCUCCGAGUUCCUCACAAGCUCGGGGACUUCAGGUGGGGAGAGGAAGCUGAUGCCUACGAUCGAAGAGGAACUAGACAGAAGAUCCCUUCUCUACAGCCUCUUGAUGCCUGUGAUGAGCCAGUUCGUGCCCGGACUGGACAAAGGCAAAGGAAUGUACUUCUUGUUCAUCAAAUCCGAGGCCAAAACCCCAUCUGGUCUCCUUGCUCGUCCGGUCCUAACCAGCUACUACAAAUCUUCCCACUUCAAAGAACGACCCUUUGAUCCUUACACCAACUACACCAGCCCCAACGAGACAAUCCUUUGUCCCGACUCUUACCAGAGCAUGUACUCUCAGAUGCUCUGUGGUCUGUGCCAACGCAUGGAGGUUCUUCGUGUCGGCGCUGUUUUCGCCUCUGGAUUCAUCAGGGCCAUCAAGUUUCUCGAGAAACACUGGCCUGAGCUGGCCUGUGACAUUAGAACUGGCAUACUCAGUGCCCAGAUAACCGAUCCUUCCGUUCGUGGGGCAGUCGAUAAGAUACUCAAACCCGACCCGAAACUCGCUGAUUUCAUCGAGAACGAAUGUGGGAAAGAGUCUUGGCAAGGGAUUAUCACCCGGUUGUGGCCUAACACAAAGUAUGUCGAUGUCAUCGUGACUGGGACAAUGUCGCAGUACAUCCAAACGCUGGAUUACUACAGCAAUGGUCUGCCUCUUGUCUGCACAAUGUAUGCUUCUUCCGAAUGUUACUUUGGAGUGAAUCUUAGACCGAUCUGCAAACCUAGCGAGGUUUCUUACACGCUCAUUCCCACCAUGGCGUACUUCGAGUUCUUACCGGUUCAUAGGAACAACGGGGUGACCAACUCUAUCAAUCUUCCGAAGUCACUCACUGAGAGGGAGCAAAAGGAGCUUGUUGAUCUUGUUGAUGUCAAGCUUGGACAGGAAUACGAGCUUGUCGUCACCACCUACGCGGGACUUUACAGGUACAGAGUGGGUGAUGUGCUGAGAGUGACUGGCUUCAAGAACAAGGCACCUCAAUUCAGCUUCAUAUGCCGGAAAAACGUGGUUCUGAGCAUAGAUUCAGACAAGACAGACGAGGUCGAGCUCCAAAACGCGGUGAAAAAAGCCGUGACACACCUCGUCCCGUUCGAGGCAACUCUGUCGGAGUACACAAGCUACGCAGACACGACCACUGUUCCAGGCCACUAUGUCUUGUUCUGGGAGCUGACCCUAAAAGGGCAGACACCAAUCCCUCCUUCCAUCUUCGAAGACUGCUGCUUGACCAUUGAAGAGUCACUGAACAGUGUGUACAGACAAGGAAGGGUAAGUGACAAGUCCAUCGGUCCACUCGAGAUCAAGAUCGUCGAGGCAGGAACCUUCGACAAGCUCAUGGAUUACGCGAUAAGCUUAGGAGCUUCGAUCAAUCAGUACAAGACGCCGAGAUGUGUGAAGUUUGCUCCGAUCGUUGAGCUGUUGAACUCGAGGGUUGUUUCGAGUUACUUCAGCCCCAAGUGUCCUAAAUGGGUCCCUGGUCACAAACAAUGGGGACAGUAACUAGAGAACAGAGCAGAGAAGAGACAGUAUGAAGAGACUCUUUCCGAGGUAGAAGGUUUAAUGUGUUUUAGUUGGAUGAAUUAUGUAAACCAGUGUACAAAAGGCAAUUCAUGUUUCCUGAGCAAUUCUCUCUUUGCUCUUCUUCUUAAUCUCCUCGAGUUUUCUAAGUUUCAAUCUUUAUUAUUAGUAAACAUGAAUUGCAAUUUCCUAAAUAAGAUAAAAGAUUUUGUCUUCA